CCCGGAAGUUGCAGAGUAACUGAAAAACAUCGCGCGCUGUAGUUCCUCUUUAUCGCUCCGGUGCGGCUCAAUGAGGCGCAGCUCCUUCAACCCAGACCCGCCUUGUACUGCACUGGAACUCUUAAACUACACACCUCACAGAAAUCAUGGGUUGUAAAAAAUCCAAGCUUGACGAGGGGCAGAGUGGAGGUGCGUUUGCUGUGAAGAAGCGUGAGCCUGUACAUCCUGAAAAAACGGUAUAUGUGAGAGAUCCAACCUCCCCUAAACCCCAUACUAUAAAUAAUUCUCCUCCAUCAGGACUUUUACCUGGGCAGAGAUUCCAACAAAUGGAAGAAGAGCAACAGGAACCAGGCAAAAUCGUCGUCGCCCUGUACCCGUACGACGCGAUCCACUCAGACGAUCUGGGAUUUAAGAAGGGGGAGAAGAUGAAGGUUCUUGAAGAGCAUGGCGAAUGGUGGAAGGCACAAUCGCUGAGCACAAGGAAAGAAGGUUUCGUCCCCUCCAAUUACGUCGCCCAGAUCGACACCAUGGAGACGGAGGAAUGGUUCUUCAAAGAAAUCACAAGAAAAGAUGCAGAGAGACAACUGCUAGCACCUGCUAACAAGCCCGGUUCCUACCUCAUCCGAGAGAGCGAGACGUCCAAAGGAAGCUACUCGCUGUCCAUCCGAGACGUGGGUCCUCAGGGUUCGGACAUUGUAAAACAUUACAAAAUCCGGGGUCUGGACAACGGCGGCUACUACAUUUCCCCCAGAAUCACAUUCCCAGAUAUUAAGAAAAUGAUCCAACAUUACCACAAGCAAUCAGACGGGCUGUGUCGUAAGCUCGAGAGGCCGUGUGAAAAGCCGAAAGCACAGAAACCGUGGGAUAAAGAUGCAUGGGAGAUCUCGAAAGAGUCCAUCAAGAUGGUGAAGAAGCUCGGGGCGGGGCAGUUCGGAGAAGUGUGGAUGGCGUAUUACAACAACAGCACCAAGGUGGCGGUGAAGACGCUGAAGCCAGGCACGAUGUCCGUCGAGGCUUUCUUGGAGGAAGCGAACCUGAUGAAGACGCUUCAGCACGACCGGCUCGUUCGCCUGUACGCCGUCGUCACCAAAAUCGAGCCCAUCUACAUCAUCACCGAGUUCAUGGCUAAUGGCAGCUUGCUGGAUUUCUUGAAAAGCAGCGCCGGCAGCAGUUUACAGCUUCCCAAACUGAUCGAUUUCUCCGCUCAGAUAGCAGAAGGCAUGGCCUACAUCGAGAAGAAGAAUUACAUCCACCGAGACCUGAGAGCCGCCAACGUGCUGGUGUCUGAGAGCCUGCUGUGUAAAAUCGCAGACUUCGGCUUGGCCAGAGUCAUCGAGGACGACCAGUACACGGCCAGAGAAGGAGCAAAGUUCCCCAUCAAAUGGACUGCGCCGGAGGCUAUAAACUACGGUUCCUUCACCAUCAAGUCUGACAUGUGGUCCUUUGGGAUUCUCAUCUAUGAAAUAAUCACGUACGGGAAAAUCCCAUAUCCAGGAAUGAGCAACAGCGAGGUCAUGUCCUCUGUGCAGCGUGGCUACCGCAUGCCCCGGCCUGAAAACUGUCCCACCGAACUGUACGACAUCAUGAACACCUGCUGGAAAAAUAAACCCGAAGACCGACCCACCUUCGACUACAUGCAGAGCGUCCUGGACGACUUCUACACCGCCACUGAGGGCCAGUACCAGCAGCAGCCAUGAGCCACAUUCCUGCGCUUCGCUCGCACUCUGCCGCACCUUCAUUAUUUAUACGUCCCAAAAGAAUAGCGAUGUAAUCAGGAACAAAUCGUGUAUACAUGUAAAUAGUAAUAAUAUAUAUAUAUAUAUAUAUUUUUUUUUUUGCAUCUACCAGCUUGCUUACAUUUAAGCAAGAUCUAAACAGCUUCUUCAAAUUGAAGUUUUAUCUGCUUGCCUGUAAAAUGAUAAAAGAAAAUUGAUGAUUGUUGUGAUUUUUUUUUUCUUUUCCGCGUCAGAAUUUCCUUUCAUUUUUAGUCACCACUCUUAUAAUCAUAAUCCCACUGUUGCAGACAACUGAAUUACAUGGAGCUACGACGAUGAUGAUGAUGAUGAGUUUAUAAUCCAGCACUUCUGAUUACUUACAUUCCGUGAGCACAAAUCCAGCAUCAGGACAUCAUUUAUAUAAAUUAUAUAUAUAUAUAUAUAUAGAAUGGCUGAAAAUUUCUGAUAUCUUCAGUGAGCAGAAAUCCAGCAUUGCUUCAUUACGCAGUAUUAUAAUUGUAAAUGUUUGACAGAAGCCAUAACCGUUAUUUUUCCGUAAUCCAUGAUCAUUAAAAUACUGUACGUACUUGUUCAAAAUAGUUACCAAAAAAUAGUUCUCCCGACCGAUUCGUGUGUGUUAAUCAUCAAGACGUAGCCGAUAGGGAUGUGUCGUUCAUGAACGUUCCGACUCUUUGAGUCAUCACUUAAUGUCUUCGCAUACAUGAGCCAUUUCUUCUUCUUCUUCUUCUUCUUCUUCUUCUUCUUCUUCUUCUUCUUCUUCACAGUUGUAGGCAAUACCAUUACUCUCGCAGUGUAAUUCAAUCCAACUUCUUUGCUGGAAAACUCUUUUCAACAUCUGAACUUUGAUAUUUUUACGGUUGCAUUUGUUCAUUAAAUCCGAAACAUGGGACUUACCAUCCCUUGUGCCAUCGUUUAUAUAUUUAUUUGAAGAAAAACAUUCUUAAUGGUCAGAAUAUCUUUGUCCAGUUUAGAGCACACACACACACACACACACACACAUGCACAGAAGAACCAAAAGAGUCUAAUGUUCUUGGUUAAAGCAGUAAAAUGAUGACACACUGGAAAAAGAUGGAAUUCGCAAAGCUUCCUACUGCAAAAGUUUCAAUAUUGUAUUUGACUUUAGCUCUUGAGGACUUCCCCUAACCGUUUCCCACUAGUUAAGGGAUGAUUCAGUCACAUUUAUUUAUUGCUGAGUAAAGUUUUAUAAACGAAGGCAGAGAGAUCGACUCAAAUAACCAGAAGACAAUACAAGCGCUCGAUGCAAUUUCCUUUUCAAAUUAAAAUAAUUUGUGGAUUAAAUGGUUUAUAAAUGUUAAAUGAAAAAUAUUUCACAUACAUAACAUUUACAGCAGGGAUCACGGUUCGACCCUGAGCUCCAGUUUCUCGUGAAGAACCCUUUUUUCAGUGGAUUUUUUUUUUGUUUUUACUCAUAAAUGUGUUAGAACACAUAACUUGCCACGACAGACAUCACAAUACUGCACUGAGGUGAUUUCUGGGAGUUAACAAACGUGUGUGUGUGUGUGUGUGUGUGUGUGUGUGUGUGUGUGUGUGUGAGACUGAAGGUCAUGGAAAAGUGAAUAGUGUGAAGUAGAUGAUUUAAGAUGCACUGAGGUUUGAUCGCAGGAUCGCAUGCUUCUGCAAUAAUAUAUUUAAUAAUAAAACAUAUUUGUAAGGAAUGCUAAAAUCCUGAAACAAUUCAAACGAACGCGGGCAUUGUGUUGUUAUUUAGUGGAAAUGAAAUCUUCUUGUCUGUGACCUGAAAUAUUGUUUGUGACCAUAAUUUCAUAAUUUACAUAAUUUCACCGUGUAGAAAUAUUAUACCUGCUGUUUCAAUGUCAACAUGCUGUACAUUUUUACAUUUUUUAAAUAAACCGAUUAAACGUUAAAUCUGA